AUGUUGCAUGCCGUCACGAAAUCACCCCUGCAGGAGGAAGCAAAUCAUUCCGCUGCACGCGUGGAGCACAUCUGCCUGCAGGGUGGCGUCCAAGAGCAGCUGGUCCGCAGCUUGCUCGAGGAGUUCACAAGUGCCUCGCAAGGAGAAGAGCGACUUCUCGACAAUUUGACCCCACAGCAGAGGCUGCAUGCGCAAGCCUGGGUAGACAAGUGCGUGGUGGACUACCUAUACCGCAGGUACUUGCGCAAGCUCAAAAUGAUCACUGUUGCAGAUGAAGCGGCGGCCAAGCAGCGGCUGCUCCAAGAGUGUCGGAACAUGGUCUUGUCAAUGCUCAAGGAAGAUGAUCGCCCGGCAGAGGUCGAAAUGCGCUCCAUGCCGCCAUCUGCUGUGCAGAGUCGAAGCGCGUCUCUAGCGGACAGGCCCUCGAUACAAGACGGGCUAGCCGUGGCUGUCGAGCCCGAUGCGACCGACAAGGGCAACAAGAGAGCACGUUUUGCGACUGUGGUUUCCUUUGCCUCGGAGGCACCAAGGGAAGAGUCCAGAGAAGAGGACGAAUCCAGCGACAGUGCCUGGGAUUUCCCUUGCCUUGCUGGCUUUCUGCAAACAUGCCUGGAUGACAUGCUCUUCAUCGGCGAAAAUGACGAGACUCUGUACGAGCAUCGGAAGAACAACAGCAUUGGCAUUCUUCUGUGCAAAGCUGUCCUGUCUCAGUCACUGCUAGCCUUGGUGAUAUCAAGUGCUUUACAGUUUAUGUCGUUCCGCUCGAUUACGGCUGCAGUCAGUGUGUCUGUUGUUGUGAUGUCCCUUAUGUCCUUUCCGCACGUCCCUUGGAAGGUGUGGGUUUUCCUGCAGUGGUACAACAUUUCGGUCAUCUUUGCGAAGGUGAUUUUUCAGCUAACGGUAUUCUGCGAGGAUGGAUCUCUAAAUUACGAUGGCUGUAAAUCAAUGUGCGGGAGCGACAUGCCGUUCACAGCUCUCCUGGGCUUAGUCAAAUCGAAAAAGACCUCCGAUCCCUGCAGCCUUGCGCGGCCGAACUUGACUUCUGUAUUGUGGGCUGACUGCCUCGCCAGCAUUGUCCUUCUGCUGGUGAUGUGUGCAGCAAGAUAUGGUGGACGAUUUUCCAGCACCUCUGAAAUCCUCACCAGCUUGAAAGCUUACGAGCGGCGAAAUCGAAGGAUGAGCACGUUUACGGUCAUGCAGCCUCUUGAUCUACAGGCAGAUGAGGACGGUGAGGACGAAGAGUCCAACGGGGGUGCCUCAAUGACGUCAGCUGCCGGCGGGUCAGAGGUCGGGCGACAGCCCAGCAACUUUGCAGAAAGAUCAUUGGAGAUGCUAGAGUCGCUCACACGAUGGCUGAAGGAGAACAUCAUGGGUCCGACAAAGGUGCGAAGACCUGCCAUGGAUCUUUACGAACCUCGCUUGUGUCUUGCCCUUACUUGCCUUUCCAUGCUUAUAUUCGGCUGGAGUACCAUGGUGGAGAACGGCCGCAGCUUUUCUGCAUCCCUUCGAGCGAAUCAGUUUGGCGGUAACCAAGUGAAGGUCCUCGUUCUUUUCCUGACCAUGAUCGUGAUGGAUCGCGCCCUGUACACCUGGUAUCGCUCAGACUACAUCUGUGAGGAUGAUGAAGAUGAUGGCCAGGCACGGGUUCAGACCUCGGCCUCUUGGAUGUGGAAGGGCAUCAUGGCCAGGGUCGUUCAGAAGCUGAACAUCCUUGUGCAUGUCAUUUCCAUCCACGCGCUGUUCAUCCGCCAGUGGAGCUUGAAAGGUGUCAAGCGCGAUAUGAUGCAUGAGGAAAUUUCGAUCAUGAGCUUCUCGGCCCUGUCUGGUUUCUAUGUGCUCUACCUGACUUACCUCGCGCUGAGCUCUUUGCAGUUGAAGUAUGACGUGCACGUGAUGCAAGGUGGCCUUCGGUUCUGCCAUAGCACAGACAUUGGUUCGAUGCUCGUGUUUAAGGUUUACAGUGCCCUGCCCUUCUUGAACGAACUGCGCGUCAUCACAGACUGGACCGUUACCGAAACGUCCAUGAACUUGUUCAUGUGGUUGAAGCUGGAGGACGCCCACCAUGGCAUAUACCGUGUGAGAUUGGACAUGGAGGGCAGAGCCAUGACAGAUCCAGCCGAAGCGCGGCCGAUGUUCGAGAAGAUUUACAUGGGAGUUGCUCUUCUUUUGGUUCUUUUAGCACUGCUGGUCGGACCAAUCAUUUUCUUCUCGGGAUUGAAUACCUUCAUGUUGGUACCCAGCUCUGUGACAUCGGCAGUCAUGCAGUUGAAUGUCAGAGUGGAAGCCGUUCACGGAUAUCGAGGGCUGAUGCUUUACGAGGCUGUGCAGAACCACAUCUCUCAAUACGCAGACACCAGCAGGUUUCAAAAAAAGUUGUCCGAGCAGGACAUUCCGAUCACACUCCAGGACAUUACGUUUCCUGUCGACUCGGACAUCUUCUGGGAACGGUCGUCAUCAAUGCAAGCCCUCAUGGCCACACUGAUAGAUCCGGAAAAGAGUCCGGAUGCAGUUGUCAAGUUCCAGCUUCAUUUCCGCUUCGAGCUGAACUCCACUGCCACUCCGAUGUCGGGCAUGCGUGAGUUGAAAGCAGACAACAAAACGCGAAUGGUAUUGGCCAGGCUAUUGGGCGAUGCCGGUGACUCUGCGGGAAAGCAAGACAGGACAGAGCUGCGGAUCCCCAACCUCUUUCCGAAGUUCUUGAGACUGGCUGACGGCUCGGUCUCCGACAUUGAUUUUUUGCCAGACAAGCAG